GCCGACUGUUUCCGAGGUACUAAACAAGAGGAGGUGGGCACUCGGGGCAGUCAGUGCGUGGCUGUGAUUGGUCAUCUCGGAAACGUGUUGCCGGGUGCUUAGGGACUCGGAAAGGCAAAUGCCACAUGCUCCGCCCACGGCGUUAGGAGUCACCAAUUUGGUGUAUGUUAGUUGUUCCAGAAUACUAUGUAACGAUUGAACAAAAUGCAAAAAUUUUCUGAAAUAUCGGUGGAUGUAUAGCUUGCGGAUUGGUUCAUUUGCAUUGUUUUAUUUGUUCACAUGUAGCUGCUGGACAUCUGUAAGUAGUGGCGUGCAGCAUUGCUCGGUGCAGUACUGCUAUAGAAUGACCUUGCACCAGCUUCUAGCACUUUGUGCGGUGUAUAGACAUUUCAAUUAAUCUUUGACACUUUCUACUCAGUGGUAUCAUGUUUCAGUCUGCAUUUCAUGGUCACGGUACACUAGUAGUAAUGCUUCAUGUCAGCAAAAAUGUGUUCUGGUUCAAUUGAUCAGCACAACUUGGAACUAGUACUUCACAUGAAUGGGAAAUCCCGGUCCCCCUUCACCAAAAGGGAAAUCUUAUCGAAUUGCAUAGUCCAGGUAAGAUAUUGGUAGAUGAUGUCAAGU